AGUGUUAGUCGAACAUCAACAUCCCUGGCGUCUCGUUAAUAACUUUUUUUAUAAGCCAUAUAUCACCGAUUUUCCAUGUCCGAUAAAUAGGCGACAACCGGAUGUGGAUUGGCCAACAUGGAGGACCUGUGCAAGCCACCGCCACCGCCGUCAGUCGUAUCCAUAGAGGAGCCGUUGCCAAAUGGCAAGGGCGGAGGAGGAGGUGUGCACUUUAAGAUUGAACUGCCUGAGGAGGAGCUCCUCGGCUCAGUGACAAUGCACAAUUGUCCUGGUACGCGGGCCAGUGCACGGGUUAUCCAGAAGAUGAAGCAGGACCAGACGCGACCGAUGACACCGCCGCCCAGCGAACGGGAGCUGAGCAAAAAGGACGAGAAGGCUGCCCAAAAAACGCCCAGUCAACUAAAGACGGGCAGUGGGAAGACUACCUGGACGAAUGUCGAGCGCAACUGUUUCUUUGAUGCCCUCAACGAGUUCGGCAAAGACUUCGAGGCGGUGGCCAAUUGCAUCAAUGCGAAGCUGAAGCGUCGCAACGCCAACAGUGACUAUAGUUUCAAGACCAAGGAUCAAGUGCGCCAGCACUACUAUCAGACCUAUCACAAGAUCUGCAAGUAUGUGCGCUACUCGGAAGAGCUAAAGAAGCCCGCCCAGGAGUUGUACACGCUUAUAAACUACGGCGAAAUGCGACGCAAGCUGCAGUUCCUGACGGAGAAGCACUUCAUGAAACUGAAGCAACUGGUUUACCAAGGACAGAUCACCGUUCGCUGCAAGGGCAAGAAUAUUCGUAUCAAGACGCCAUCGUGCAAGGCGCUCCGGCGACUCAAUCAAUUGGAUGAUUCUCUUGAGGAUAUACGUCUGCCUAGCAAGGUGGAGGUACUUGUGGCGCCCGCCAAUAUGGAGGCAUUCGGUCGGGUGCAAUCUUUGGCACAGAACCCGCGCGGCAGGAUCAUUGUUCCACUUCACAAGAAGCUGAUCAGUUUUAUUAAAACGUUUGAGUACAAAUGGCGCAGUGCUAAUCAGCGUCUGCAUGAAGAGAAGACCGUCUUCUUUCCCGGUCACCUGGCAUCCACUACAACCACCUCCAAUAACAACAACAAUGAACCGGAGUUGAUACAGCCGGCGGCUUCUUCAUUGGAUCCCUCCCUGUGCUUCCAACCUAGACCGGGAGUAGCCAUCCACCGUCCUUUGCUCAGCAUCACCGCCUAUUUAAGCAGCAUUAAUAUCUGCCUGACCGCCUACGAAGAACGCAUGGGCUUCAAAGUGCGCAGCGAGACAUUGGGCAAUCUGCCUGGCAUUGCAGUGGCAGCUAAUAAAAGACCUAGAACUGAAAGCGGUUCUGAGAAGCGUUCGCCGGAGGCAAAGAAACCAAAAGCAGGGGCCAGCCCGCCACUCGAAAAGAGUUUAGAUGAUGUGCCCUUGGAGGGGAAUUUGCUGAAGCUAGAGAACAGCAGUGGCGAUGAGCUGGGCGAGGAGAUUCAGGAGUUUCUCGGUGACAUAGUGGAAGCUACGACUCAAGCGCAGGCACCCACCAUUCAACAUCUUCCAACCACAUCUGAAACAUUAGCACUUUCCGUUGCGCCAGAAUCAUCCACAGAUUCGGUUUCACAAGCUCCUCCUGCUAUUACCGAGUUACCUGCCACAUCGUUAACGUCAGUUCUGCAAACUCCUGCUUCUGGUGCCGUUCCUUCAAUUCCACUGACUCCUUCCACGCCUUCAACUGGCAACUUAGUAGCUGCUUCAGCCGCUCGUUCCAAACGCAAAGAAGCCAAAGAGGCGGCGGCCGCUGCACAGGCUCGAAACUUUAAGCCUCUGCUUAGCGAUGAAAUCCUUAAGCGAAUUCGAAAAGGCUGGACGGAGGCGAAUGCGACGGACAUAACCAUUGGCGAUUUGUAUGUGGUUUUUGGCCAAGACUCCAAGUUGGAGCUGGAGUAUUAUUGGUGUGAGACGGAGAGUUUGACAACCGUGGGAACUAGUACUUCAUCCACCAACACUGUGGCAGCUAGCUCCUCUUCGGUAGCCACCCAAACAGGCCCUUCUUCCUCUUCCGCAGCAACCCAAGCAACAGUAUCUUCCAACACCCCCAUCAUCAACUCAAGCACUUCUCUGCCCUAUAAUCCCAACGACUGUGAUAGCGUGGAACGCGUCAAGGCCGUCACCACUUCUUCGGUGAGCAACAAGCUGAAGCACCUACUCUUGGUGGCCAAUCUUAGCGAGCGGGUGCGAAAACGGCAGUGCAACUGCGGCCACACAUGCGACCGAAAGCGGGAUCUAAUGAGCAAGGCGCAGCAGCUGGCGGAGGCAGCAGCGGCCGGCGGAGUGGGUGUUAUGGAGGGCAGCUUCCGCACCCCGAUGCUGCCGGUAAGGCGUCCGAUAGCAAACAUCAUCGACCCGGUACGGCAGCUUUCAGCGCUCACACGGCAAAAGAUCAGUCGUCAGGUGCUCGUGCAGCGUCGUCUCCUGCCGCCUGCAUCCAUGGGUGGUCGUCCGUACGAUCUGUUAAGUGUUCGUCAACUCCAUAGCGGUCUUUUCGAACCGAUCGAACGAGUAGGCAGCUCUAGUUCCAGCGGCGUUAGCUCCUCCGGCUCUGGAACCGAUUCCAGCUUAAGUGUGGCAAUGCCUUUGCAGGAUGAACAAGAAGGGGAUAAUCCGGCGAUGGAGUUUCUUAACGACGCUAGCGCACAGGGCAGCGCGCGAGACAUGCCUAACCUGGACUUCUGUGUCGCUACUAGCACCACCGGCGGCAGUUCUCUGACCGAUGCGGUCCAGGAUGAAAGUACAACGCAAAAUUUCUUCCAUGGCAGCGUAAGCCCGAUGCACUUACUCAGAGAUUCAACUUCCAAUGCACGUUGGCUGGAGGAUAAUAUCAAUGAUUUCUCACUGACAUCGUUGCUGGGACAUCUGGAUGGGAUUGAUGCCACGAGGGAUAUACUGGAUCCCUCGUCGAACAUGUCCGUUAUAAGCGAGAGCAGUGUGGACUUUAGACACAAGUUCCAGGAGAUCGCCGCCCUGCUGCAACAGCAGGAGAAGGAUUAGCAGUGGCAACUGCGGAAAUCUGGUAGUGUCUCCUUCGUUUGUUUACACAAAUCCGGACCCUGAGGAGGACAGAGGGAUAGAAUGGAAACCCAUGUGUGCCUCCAGGUCUCAUGUCUCUUUUUUUUAUUUAACUCACUGAUAUUAUUAUUAUUCAUCCCAUAUGUUAUAUGAAUUAACAUCUAUGUUUUUACGCGACUUUUUGUGAUCUAUUCUCAUUUUAUGUAUGCCAAGUAUUAGCAAGCACUCACAUUGUCUAAACAUAUAUAUAUAUAUAUUUAUUUAUACAUUAAUUUUAUGUAUCAUGCGAUAGAACGCGAAAACCCUUUUUUUUAGAAUUCUCAUCCCUUUUGUUUGUCCACACGCUCGCACACUCGUUCCGCACUCCUCUAAUUGGUUUCUAGCACCUAAGAUCGAUCGGUUCAACAUAGUUAUUAGACUUUAAACACCAAUCCCAAUCGGAACUUCCAUUUGUAUAGAGUUUCUGCGCAUGAUUAAAUUAAAACUCCCUAAAUAAUCAAAUUCCCGAAAAAAGACUAGAAAGUUUUACAAGUCUGGAAAUGUUUUCCCCUUCCUUGCUCCCCACCCCUUGUUAACCAUAUAUAUAUAUAUAUAUAUAUAUAUAAAAUAAACAAUUUAGGUGAGAACAGAGGAACAACAUUUAAUCCUAGAGCGUAUUUUGUAACCGUAACACUUAGAACUUGUUAUUAUAAAAAGGCAAAUACCGAAAAUAAAAGCAAACUAAACUAAAA